GGUAGAUAUUUUAUUCCACUAUAUCCUUUACCUUCGUUGCUCAUUUUGGCUGCAGAGAAGUGUUGGUGAACCAUGUUGGCGGCAAUCUGUCUUUAUGAAUAUUCCACUAGCGAGACAAUCGAGCGACGAUGAACUAGACUAUGUCGUUUUACAAUACUUCCCUGAAAGAUCCACUGAGUUACUCAAUCCAUCGGUCAAAUUCAACGAAUACAUCCUUUCUAAGGUUCCCGAAAGCGAUGUUAUUGUCACGCAUGACAGUAUCUGGAUGCUACCAAUGCUGGUAGCGGAUGUCAUCAGAUCCGGAUUAUCUAUUCCUCGGUUACUAACAGCUGUUAGUAGGGAAUCCCCGUCUUAUUUUCGAUCUACGAGGAGAAGAACGAAAAGGGCGCGCUAUUUUAAAGUGCGUUUACGAAAGCCUACAUUUAAUCCCCAGGAAUUUAAAACCAGCGCCUUGUUUCCAUCCCUUGAAUAUGCUUGGAUUUUCUCUUGCCUGUUUGUGCCUAUCGCUCCCACUGUCGACACCGAAGUUCACAACUAUAUUGAUCGGUUUCCAAUGUUCAACACCUCAGAACUGGUCCUCGAAUUUGCGAAAGGCGCCUCUUACAUUUUCCGUCAAAUACCUUUCAGCGAGGAACUCCUGCAGAAUACCUUUACAGGGGAAACCCGUAAUGCACAGCUGCGGGUUAAAGGCGCUCGCAGCUCUCAGUCGCCUCGGAGGCCCCAAUCUGUUCAUCAGGUAGGAUCUAUAUUCUUCCGAUUUUCUGUCCAUUACAUCGAUUUCAGGAUAAUCUUGUGAUGAGAU